AUGGCGCUGCGGGGUGGCGGCGGGGGUGCAGGCGCGGGAGUCGCGCGGGGCGGGGGCGGGGACACGCAGCGGGCGAUAGAUGAGUUCGAGCAGCUGGCGGGGCUCCGGGGCCGCGCCGUGUACGUGCUGGAGCACCUCGCCACCUUCACCGUGACCAGGGAAACCGGCAUCGUGUACCCGGCCGAUGGCAUGCGCCGGCUGCUUCAACUAGAGAAAACCAAUGGAAUAUGGAGUCAGAAGAUGCAGUUAUGUUUAGAGGAUCAGUGGGUGCUGGUCAUGGAUUAUGAAACAGGGUCGAUCAUGGAGAGGUUCCCGGCGUCAUACGUACACUCGCCGACAGCGUUCACGUCGCCGGAGCCAGGCGAGCUGUACAACAACGUGCUGGCCUUCGUGGUGGGUGCCCCGGACACGCGCCGCGAGCUCCACAUCUUCCAGUGCCACGACGUCAGCGCGCAGACCCUUGUCGAAGAGCUCAACGCGCUCAAGGGAGUCGGCGGCGGUGCGUCAGCGGAGGGCGGCCGUGACUUCAUCAUCGAGCGGGAACGGGAGAGAGAGAGAGAAAGCGACAUGGAACGACCCCGGCGACAGCAAAUUUCCGCGCAGCUGGGGCGCGGCGAGAGGGCCGGCUCCGGCGGGGACAGAGACGACGCGUCCUCGACGGGCUCGGAGCGACUGUACGAGCAGGAUAUCGCGAUCCUAAACCGCUGUUUCGACGACAUAGAGAAGUUCAUCGCGCGGCUACAGCACGCGGCGGCCGCGUCGAGAGAGCUCGAGCGACGGCGGCGCUCCCGCGGCGCGAAGCGGGCGGGAGACGGAAUGCUGGCGAUGCGUACCCGCCCGCCACCGGAGCGGGACUUCGUGGACGUGCUGCAGAAGUUCAAGCUGUCGUUCAACCUGCUGGCUCGGCUGCGCGCGCAUAUUCACGACCCGAACGCACCGGAAUUAGUACACUUUUUAUUCACGCCGCUGGCGCUGAUCGUGGACGCUGCGCAGGAUGUGGCGGAUGGGAGGCUGCCGGCGCGCGUGGUCCAGCCGCUGCUGACGCGAGACGCGCUCAACCUGCUCGCCAACUGCGUCACCAGCAAGGAGACCGAGCUCUGGCACUCGCUCGGCGACGCCUGGCUCAUACCCAAAGAGCAAUGGAAGACGACGAUCCCGCCAUACCAGCCGGUGUUCAUGGACGGCUGGUCGCCGGACUACCAAGUGGAUGAGCAGCCCUUGCGCAGGACGUCGCCACGGCGCGAGUCGGCGAGGGGCGAUGUGCGGGGCGAGGUGCGGAGCGAGGCGCGAAGCGAGGUGCGGAGCGAAGUGCGAGGAGAGGUCCGGGGUGAGGGGAGGGUGGACUUGCGGGAGGAGGGCGCGGAGCGAGGCGACGCAUAUGGCUACGAUCGCGACGAACCCGACCUUUACACGGACCAGUAUGCGCCAUACCCCAGGAAUACAAGAUCGACGGCACGAGAAGACUCCGGCUCUGCAGCCUCCUCACCAGAACGAGAACCGCCUUACCGUGGCCCGGAUCGAGAUGAUGAUGAUCUGGGCGAGGCGUGGGCGCGGGGCGUGGCGGCGCGCGGGGGGCGCGUGGUGCGCGUCACGUACCCGCGCACCGCCAACAACGACAAGGAGCUGUCCGUCGUGCGAGGAGAGUACCUCGAGGUGCUGGACGACUCGCGCAAGUGGUGGAAGGCGCGCAACCGGCGCGGCGUGACGGCGCACGUGCCGCACACCAUCGUGGCGCCCGCCUUCUCGCCGCCCUCCUCCCCGCACCUCUACCCCAACCCCAUCUACCAAUAUCAUCAUCAUCAGGAGGGCGGCGGGCGCGGGUCAGGGGGCAGCAGUCCGACGGGUGGCGCUGAGAUUGCGGCGCCUCCCCCUCCCCCGCCGCCGCCACCACCGCCGCCCCCGGCGCCGACCACGCCGCCGCCACCGCCGACCAUGACCGACACCAUAAAGUCGACGAAAUCCAUCAAGUCGACCGGCAGCGAGCUGCAUGACGAGCUGAAGGUGGUGCUGCCGCAGAUCCAGCAGCGCAAGCUCGAUAUUAAGAAAACACCGGACAUUUUCAUACACCAAAAAUCAAACCCUGAUGAGGUAGUGGAAUGGCUCGAGGCCAAAGGGUUCAGCGCGACGGCGCAGAAGCAGAUGCGUAUGGCUGGUUACCAGCUGUUCGCACUGAGCCGUGGGCAAUUCGAGCGCGCACUGGGCCCAGAUGAGGGCAAGCGCCUCUACAGUCAGGUGCUCGUGCAGCGCAACGUGUCCGGGUACAAGACGACGUCUUCCUCGGAACUGCAGAGCAUCCUGCGCAAAGUCCGCGAGAAGGUGGAAGUGACCUGA